CGAACUUUUCUUCCUCGUCCUUUUCUCUCUAUUCGUCAAGUCGAGAGCACACUUGUGCUUUGGUUCUUCGUCGUCAGUAUGGCGGCACCUGGGAGUAGCUCGUGUUCCGUGCAAUCCUGCCACCGACUCCUCCUUGUGGCCUUUGUAGCCCUAUGUUCGGCUUCUUCGUCUUCACAUGGUGACCGGUCUCCCCUCUCCGUCGUCUCGCGCAUCGCCUUUGGUUCCUGCUCCAACCAGAGUGCGCCGCAGCCGAUUUGGGAUGCGAUCGUUGACUUCGAUCCCCAGGUUUUCGUUUGGUUAGGGGACAACAUUUAUGGCGACAACAAGCGCCCCUUCAGGGUGCUGGGAAAGGAGAGGACCAUCGGGCCGUGGAAGAACGUGCCCAGAUUCUUCCCCUCGACGGAACAGGAGAUGCGGAGAAGGUACCAGCUGGCUAAGAGCAAUCCGGGUUACUCUAAGCUGAGACAGACGGCUCAGCUAUUGCAGGUAAUUGGCACAUGGGAUGACCAUGAUUAUGGGUUGAAUGAUGCAGGAAAAGAAUUCAGUGGGAAAAAUACAAGCCAGAGGCUCCUCUUAGAUUUUCUGGAUGAAGCUGAUGAUAGUCCCCGCCGACAACAAGCUGGGGUUUAUACCUCAUAUUUAUAUGGUCCCAAGGGAAAACAAGUAAAGGUUAUUCUUUUGGAUACGAGAUAUCACAGGGACCCCCUGUCCAGUGAUGGAACUAUUUUAGGCGAUUCUCAGUGGGAGUGGCUAGAGAAAGAAUUGAAUGGUCCCGAGUCAGAAAUUACAAUCAUCGUAUCUUCUAUUCAGGUAAUAUCAAAUCUUUCUGCGACUACAGGCCCAUUGUUUCAUACAGAGUCCUGGGGACGGUUUCCAAAGGAGAGAGAGCGGUUGUAUAAAUUGAUACAUGAUAGCAAGAGAAGUGGAAUAUUCUUUAUAAGUGGUGAUGUUCAUUUUGGAGAGAUUACCCGUUAUGACUGUGGCUGGCAGUAUCCACUGUAUGACAUAACCUCAAGUGGACUUACUCAGGCUAUUGAGAAGGUUGUGCCUCCAUUUUUUGCUUUUGCUGUGAGAGCUAUAGCUUGGUUGACGCCUACUACCAUGAGAGUUUCUUCAGUGAAAUGCCGAUACAAAUCAUGCACAUAUGCUCAGCCAAAUUUUGGCGCAAUUCAGAUUGAUUGGGAUGUUGUACCACAAAAAAUCAAAGUUGAAGUGAGGGGCAUAAAUGGAGAUCCUGCUAUUGCUGUAGAUAUUUUGCUUUCUGAUCUGCAACCCAGGAACACAAACACUUUGGAAGGAGCAUGGCAACACAGACGUCACUGCUCCCUCGAAAUAGAUCUUCCAUGGUUUUGGAGACAUUCUUUUGCCUUUACUUUUCUGGCGUUGGUAUCUGUUCUUAUUAUCGCUUUCGUUCUUUUCGCCUAUACCAUUGUAUCGGUUAGCAAGAAGUUCCUCCGCAAGUUUAAGAUCGAUUGACAACACACGCAGCAGAUCAGAAGAGAAGAAUUCUGCCUCCAUCAUCAUUGUCGUCGUCUUGGUAUUCUUAGCUUGCAAUUCUUAGAAGAAUGGGAGGCAGUCUUCAU